GUUCGGGGUAUUCUCUUCCAGCGCAUCACCGAUGAAUCAGCAGUAUUUUCAUCAAAAGUUUGAUGACUUUCAUAGCAGUGGCCCGAGACCACCCGUGCCCGGAGAGGAAAGCCGCCGAAAGAUGACAGAAGCGUCACACUCGGACCGAACACGGGACGGUUCGCCCCCGGCGUACGUUCGCUGGGCACAGAAACUUGCGUACCUGCUGGAGGAUGGUGACGGAGCCGAACUGUUCAAGCGAUACGUCGAGCUGGAGGGCGAGGAACCUUCGAAUCGGCUUAAAUUUUACUUCGCAUGCGAAGGCCUUAAGCAGCAAACCGAUUCGGACAAGGUAACGCAGCUGAUCGGUGCCAUCUAUCGGCGGUUUCUCAAGAAGGCACAGCCCGGUUCCGAGCUGUACGUGAACGAAUCGCUCCGCAACUUCAUCAAGGCCGGGUUAAAGAAUGAGCUGGAACUUACGCCGGACAUCUUCGAUCAGAUGCAGGCCGAUGUGGCGAACAUUAUUGCCGAAACGACCUAUCCGCACUUUCUGCAGUCCGAUCUUUAUCUGCAGUAUGUGCAGAACAUGCAGAGUUCGAGCAGCAGCAGCAGUGUGAUUGGAAGUGGCAGUAACUGCAGCCUGGCAGCGGCAGUGCCUUCCACAAGCGGUGGUGCUGGAUCGUCGGCGGCCGGUACCUCGCACGGUGGAGCUGGUGGUGGUAGUAGUAGUAGUGGUGCGGGUGCGGGUGCAUCCUGCUCACUUACUAGCAGCAGUUCCACAUCCGAGCUAUUUCUGCACAGUUCGUCCGCCCUGCCAACGGUGCACGAGGAUGCGGAGUUAGCGAAUGCCGAUUCGAUCGAGCAGCUGUACGGUGCUACCGGUCCGGGGUUGGACAGUCAUAUGGGGUUGGUUGCACCACCGCUUGUACCAUCUAGCGCGACCGCUUCGUCGUCCAACACGAAGGUUCCGAUGACGCUUACAAAGGAUGCACUGAUGGCAACGCAAAAACGUCGGCUAGAGAUGAGACCACCUGGUCCACGCGGAUACUCCGUGUACACCAACUAUGCAUCCUAUAAUCCGGUAUCGCGACGUGACUCAGAACUGGCCAGUCUGAGCUCCGGCCGUACCGAUUCCGAUACGAUGUCUCUUUCGAGCAUAUCCACUGAUGGACGGCCACAUUCACAACGAAAACAUCACCACCAUCACCAUUCGUCCAUUGAGCGAAGAAUGAUGCGUGAAAAUGCCUUAACCAACGAAGAAGUCGAUACGUUUUCGAUUAUCCCCCGAACCCAUCGGCAAACGCAGAAACAGCCCCCGCCAAUGGAGUUUGCCAAAAUUCUUAUCAAUAAGCUGGAGUGUGUAGCCCGCGAACAGGAGAAGGAUGAAGUGUUGUGUAAAAAGAUGCAGGAGGCUGAAAUAGCUGAUCGUUCGCAGAAUAAGGUGCUUGCUGAUGCGAUCCGACAGAAGCUGCAGGUGGACGACGAUAACGAUCAGGAUAUUCUUGAUCAGCAUGUGUCGAGGGUUUGGUCGGAUCUAACGCCAAGCCGAUCACCGGGCACAAUGUCACCCUGUCCACCGAACGUUAUCGGUUCUCGGUCACGUCGUCUCGAGCUGGCCGGAUUCGGAGCACAAUCUUCGAUGCGUCAUUCAAAAUCGAUGCCCGAAGGACAUCCGCUCAUGGGUCCACCGAUGCAACCACCGAUGCCAAUGCAAAUGUCUUCCGGCUCACGCAAGCUUAACAACAAAUGGCCCUCGAUCAAUACGGACAGUGGGAUCAGCCUGUUCUCCACCGAUACGCUGACAAAGCACGGCAGCAGCGGUGGCGGCAGUCGGGGAGAGCUUAGCCUCGGCAGCAGUUCGCGCCCAUUGUCACGCAACAUGCACGACAUGCAUACGGCAACUUUGCUGCAAGAAUCUAGCCGCCGUCUAGAGGAUGAAACGCGACGCUCGAAGCGAUAUCAGUACCCGCCUAGUGCAAUACAAAACAUGCCCUUACCACCGGUGCCGAUGUCGUCAAAUUCGGGCGGUUUCAGUAGCAACCUUCCACCGGCCAUGCCACCACCGCCAAUACCUGCCAAACCACUGCAAGCGCCGAAUGAGUUUACAAUCGUGGUGUACUCGUUCUGUGACGAGGAAGUCCCGUACCGGAUAAAGAUACCCGGUACGCAACCGCCGACGUUGAGGCAAUUCAAGGAUUAUCUACCGAAAAAGGGAAACUAUCGAUUCUUCUUCAAAACGCGCUGCGAAGACCUGGACAAUCCUGUCAUUCAGGAGGAGGUGAACAGCGAUAGCGAACCGUUGCCACUGUUUGAGGGCAAGGUGAUGGGUACCGUUAAGCCGUCGGAGUAGAUUUUCCUCACUGAAAAA